AGUUUGGUGGUGGCUAAUGGUGGCCUGGGGAACGGCGUUAGUCGAGAGGAGCUGCUUGCAGCCCUGAAAGAGAUGGGAGAGGUGGUCACACUGAUCAUGCACCCACACAAGCCCUACGCUUUUGUCACAUACAGAUCGGAAGAGAGUGCUCGGAAAGCUCACAUCCACCUCAAUGGCGAAAAGCUUCAGUGUGGGGAGAACAGCGUCACACUCUACCUCAGUUAUGUUGACUCAGUGACCUGUAAAGAGGAGGCACCAGUUACUUUGCCAGAGGGAUUAGUCUUGGUGGAAGAUUUUGUGUCUCCGGAGGAAGAGGCUCUGCUGCUUGCUGCUAUUGACUGGUCGUCUGUUAAUGAUGAUGUCACUGCUCAAAAAGCUCUGAAGCAUAGAAGAGUCAAACAUUAUGGCUUUGAGUUUCGCUACGACAACAACAACGUGGAUAAGGACAAGCCGUUAACUGCAGGUAUUCCUCAGGAGUGUCUGCCUGUUCUGGAACGAUGUGUGACAAACAAACACAUCAACAUCAUGCCAGACCAGCUGACCGUCAACCAGUAUGAGGCGGGACAGG